ACAGACGUCAAGCUGGCGACCGUAGCAGCAAAGAAGGGCAAGAAGGCUGAGGAGGAGGAGCAGCCGCCUGCAGGACCUGCAGCUGCAGCAGCACCAGUGCCAGCAGCACCAGCCGCUGCAGCGGCAGCAGCAGCAGCAGCACCACCACCAGCGGCGGCGGCGGCAGCAGCAGCAGCGGCACCAGAAGAGGAGGAAGAGGAGGAGUAUGUGGUGGAGAAGGUUUUGGACCGCAGAGUGGUGAAGGGAAAAGUGGAAUUUCUGCUGAAAUGGAAGGGGUUCUCCGAGGAGGAUAACACAUGGGAGCCAGAAGAGAACCUGGACUGCCCGGACCUCAUCGCAGAGUACAUGCAGAAACACAAAGAGAAGGAGGAAAAAAAGAAAGAGGGCAAGAGGAAAGUCACCAGUGAGGCCUCAGGAGACUCAGAGGAACGAGGGAGCAAGAGGAAGAAGGAGGAGGGUGAGAAGGCCAGAGGUUUUGGCAGAGGUCUGCAGCCGGAGAGGAUUAUUGGAGCGACAGACUCCAGUGGAGAGCUGAUGUUCCUCAUGAAGUGGAAGAAUUCAGACGAGGCUGACCUCGUCCCAGCCAAGGAGGCAAAUGUCAAAUGUCCCCAGGUGGUCAUCUCUUUCUAUGAGGAGCGCCUCACCUGGCACUCUUACCCCACAGAAGAGGAGGAGAAGAAAGAAGAGGAGAAAAAAGACUAGAUGAGCAGAGGAGGAGGAGGCGGAGGUGCAAAGAGGAAAAGAAAGGAAGUGUGUGCAGGGCGGGAAAUCAACUAUAUGCUGGUUGUUGAGGUAACUGAAUCUAGCAGCCACUUUGGCAGCGAAAGAGGAGAAAAAUCCCAGAUUGUUUAGGUCUGAACUGCCAAUGUAGCUGACAGAGCAGAGAAAAGAAGAAGUUUGUUUUCCUGCCCUGAAAGGAGUUGAGCAUCCUUUCCUCAAAAGAUGCUCCCACCUGUAUCUUGACCGAUAAUGUAAAUUUCUUUUCAAAGAGGUAUGUUGACACUUCUUCUUUUAAUGGUUUUCCCUCACCAAGAACAUGUCACUUGAUUGGAAUUGGUGCCUUUUGUUCCGCUUGUAUUCGCCCUCAGCGUCACAAGCCGAAUAUUGAACUGACUACAGUGUAAAGACUUUAAAAGUGUUUGUCUCCUACAUUUGGUGACAAGUGCCUGGUGUUGGAAAUGCUGGAAUACACCACAAGAUGUCAAGCUACCUCUUUAAACAUGGGUUAAGGUCACCACUCCCCAUUUCCAGGUCCUGUUUGUGCUGAUAUGACGGCUGAAAGCAGCCAGUGAGAGAGUGCAAAAAGUCCUUUCUAGCUUUGUCAGGAUACAUUGGAGGGAACUUCUUUUGGAACGGAGUGAAGCGAGGCGAGGUGUUAUGGAGGAGUGUCUCUUUCGGUAUCUGUUCUCUUUGUGCCACCUGGGUUCUCAUCAUCACCGCCGUAAAAACGCUGUUUCCCAGUCGAAACUCUCAGAUGCCAAAUGACGGCCGUAUAUUUCACCCUUGACAUGGACAGAUUUGACAAAGAGGGCCAACAGUCUACAUGAAAAGACCAGCAGUCGUUUGGCUUUGGCCUCAGGUGUCCCACCGGCCAGCGUGGCAGCCAACCAGCCAGUGCUCAAAUGUCCUGCUGUUGUCCGCUGAAGCAGUCAUUCCAGCCAAAGCUUGUACAUCGCUUUCUGUCUACUUUUUUUAAAAUUGAAACUUACAAAUGAGUUUGUAUUUUAUGUGUGAGUAAAGGUUUUUGUGUUUAUUUGGUGGAGGGUCAGCUGUAAAACCUACAGACUUGUGUUCUAGAUCGUGAGGUUGCACUAAUGUUUUGGUAUGUUCUUGGAGCACCAUCAGUGACGAGGUACUAUAAACUCGUCGCACAUGAAGGACACAGUUUGCUAAGUAGGUAAAAUGGGCUGGCAGCGAGAAAAGUGGUAGUGAACCGUUUCUAAGGUAUGAGUUUGUUCACUGGAAGCUGUGGCUGGUUUUGAUUCUGAAACUUUUCGUGCCAGUUUAGCAAUUCUAUUGAGUUUUAAUGGGUUUGACACUGGCUGGUUUUCUGCCAAAGUGGCUGGUAGAGUGUACACACAGCAGCAAAAACCUGGCAGGUUGUAAAUUUCGAGCACCCUGGACGUUCUAUCAUUAGCAGUUAGAGUGGCAGUACAAGAUGUCGUGCCUGUAGAAGCAGAGGAGCCCUAUUCAACGUGUAGAUUAGUGUGUCGAGAACCAAGCAAUGAUUAAACAGUUUGUUUUCCCUGACGUGAACUUCCCAGAUCACCACAGUCCAGCUAAAGUUUAUUUUUUUUAACGCUUCUUUAAAUCUGAUACAGGGAUUUAUGAAACCGAGCUGGCUCUUUGUUUAUCAUCCUCAUCGAAACGCAAGUAUAAUCUCGAGCUUUUCUAAUGGAUGAUCAUCAGGCACCCCCUCUAACUUGUUGAUAAUGUGGCCCCCAGCGUGGACCAGCACUCCUGUGGUGAUUUAACAGGUGCUGGACAAGAGAACCAUCAGUGUGGGAACCAAGCAGCCAUAUGUCAGUGUAUUAUCAGCUGUGGUCUGUACACUCAUCUCCUCUGCCGGCCAUGUUGGCACAAAACCAGCCAACAAGCUGCUUCGGCUGAUGGUGAAAGUGGUACUUUGGCUGGCAGACGGAGGUUUCCUCAGUAGAUACAUGCUCCAUAACAAACUCAACUGGGUUUUACUGUUAAAGGAGGAGAUGAUGAUUGAGAGUAUCUUUAGAAUCAUCUUCAUUUCCACUCCUUGUUUUUAACCUUCACACGAACACACACACACACACACACACUCAGCCACGUGUGUUUUUUUAGAUUGUAUUAUUUUAGCUUGCACUGGCCGGGCAACACUCAAGACAAUGAGUGAUGAUCAUUCAAAGUAUUUCUGGGUUCCUCUUGCUUGUAGACCGUCCUCUGUUUAAUCCACAUUUUGAUAUUUGCAUAAAUAAACCGGGACAGAACUUUUGGAUUCAGCAUGAUUAACAUUCUCUUCCUUAUGUUUCCUGUGUUUCACGUGUUGAAUGUAGCCCGGCUGUGCUUAUUUCUCUGUAUACUGUAUUAAAGCUAGCGUUGUAGUUUCCUCUGUUAGCAGACCCGGGACAGCUCGUUCAAAUCCCCUUCCUCUGAGCUGUUGGCUUCAGCUCGCUUUCUGCUGCUCGAGAUUUAUGAGAGAACUGACCUCGAAGAGAAAAUUAAAUUCUUAAAAUAUCUUUUGCAAACUCACCAGUGGACACUCAUCACAUUACGUCAGCGUCACCUCGUACUGUACUGUCACAACCCUAGAGGUGUUUACAUGUCUGACAGAAUCUUUUUAAUGAGCACUCGGUGAUAGACUCGACACAGGUUGCGUACACGUCAGCAGUAAUUCAUACAAAACAGCCAGACAAUUCAAUGAAAUACUGUUACGGUCAUGUUCUUCACCAGUACGUGUCGUCUUCAGAGGCUAACUAUGGGUCAAUUAGUGGCAACAAUCUUUCCUUUUUCAAAGUAAGUUGGCUCAGCUGUAAGUAGACCUUUGAAACCAAACUUCAUUAACUGUACAGCUGUGCUCAUGCUGUUACUACUGUUAGUAUAUCGGGUCUAACCGGGUAUCCUGGGUACCCUUCUACUCAUCUGUUCUCACGCAGUUAAAUUCAGUUUACUGAAGAUCUUUUCUGGCCUUUGGGGACAUUCUUAUUUCCUCACCACGUUCCAUCAGUAUUAUGAGUAAAAUGUCCUGCCUUCUGUUAUACCUCACCAUUGACAGGAAGGGAUUGAAUCCGCCGCGCCCCGGGUCUGCCUGUUAGCUUUUCUAUCUCGUCUCUGAAACUUUUCUCUGUAUUUAGCAGAUUAGCUUGUGUUGUCCUGUUGCAUGUUUAUCGGUUUCCCUUGCAAUGUCACAGUCAUGGCUGAUCUACUUUUAUUUGUCUGUUUUGGACAAUAAAGGUUUUUCGUUUUCGUAA